UCUCGUUACGCCAUUUUUGUUGGGGAGCAGUCGUGUCAAGAAAAGGAGGAUUAGAUUCAGUACAGGUAUAUCAAACGGUAUCUCGUAUAUUCAUCUCUUCGAGUUGUCCGCAAAAAGGACACUUGCUUGUCCAUCACGCUCACACAAUGUCGUCAGAAAACCUGGACUCGGACACUCAGGUGGACUACGAGGACGAAAAACAGGACUCCCAGGAGAAGAAUGCAAACCCCGUGAAGUCGGAGGAGGCCAAGCUGAAAGCCAAGUACCCCAGCCUGGGCCAGAAGCCCGGCGGCUCAGACUUCCUGAUGAAGAGACUACAGAAAGGGCAAAAGUACUUUGACUCAGGAGACUACAACAUGGCCAAGGCCAAGAUGAAGAAGCUUCCCGUGGCGGGGCCCGACAACAACCUGGUGACCGGCGACCACAUUCCCACGCCGCAGGACCUGCCCCAGCGGAAGUCCUCCUUGGUGACCAGCAAGCUAGCCGGCUAGCCGCCAUCAUCCUAGAAUCACCAUCGCGGGGCUCCCGUCAAAUCUCCCUCCUCCUCACCCGCGUCCCCAAUAUGUCCACCCCCUCCCCUGUCUUCUGUUUUUAUCCCAAGGCGCCACUGGCUUUAACAUGUCGGGCAGAGUUGUAGAAGUUAAAACUCCCAUUUGCUUGUAUGUGGCUGGGGCGGGGUGGGAGGGACGGAGGUUUAGGGGGGCCCAUGAGGUCGCAGCCUUCUCUGCCUUCCACCACGCACAGCUCUGCCCCCUCUGCGCACUCUGCUCUGCCGCCUCCCUUAUGUCUUGGUUUUUUGGUGUUCCAAGAUGCAUCACAGUAGGUGUGUCAUCGGGCAGGGGUUGGAUGGGGUGAGUUAAUGCACUUUGUAGUCUGUAUAGUAGGCGUUGUUCUUUUUUUUUUUUGCAUCCUAAAUGACACCAAAAUAAUGCGUGCAAGGGAGUUAGGAACCAUGAUCGCUGCGCGUCCUUGAUUUUUCCGUUCCCUAUCUGUGCUGGUGGCUGGCUCCGGCGGGAGGGGUUUGAAAGAUGGAUUUGAAUAAUUGCUUGCAUACCAAAUCCGUGAGGGGCAGCUGCCUCCUGGCUCUUUAGCAUUCACUGACAUCACAUUGGGAAAUGAACUGAGGCUGCCUUUCAUCUCGUCCUUUGGCCACCUUUCGUCGAAUAAAUACCGAGGUCAUCUGCUGCAGCCCCCCUCUAUGCUGCACGAUUUGUAACAUGUAACAAAAAAGAAAUUGAACAUAUUUGUUUUUUGUUUUUUUUAAACGGGAGUGGGGCAUCAGGUUAGUGAUAGGAAGUAUCAAAACAAACACACAGAGCCCUGAAACGUCCACAGUCCCACUUCCUUCCUUUUUCCUUUCCGCUGUCCCGACAAUCCAUGUACACACACUCCUGUAAGCGGACCCAGGGCAGGAGCCAGCUGAGUAGAUCCUUGUAUUAUUUUUACCGGCUGGGGGACCUUGCCAAUCUCUGAGUUCAGUCUUAGUUUGGUUGCUGUCAAGGUGCGUCAAGACGUGGGUUUACCAUGCGCCUAAAAGAUUUGUGGGGGUAUUGAAGCACCCUGCGUAGAGUAUAUGCUUCUAUAAAUAAUAAUGCACAACCACGCACGUAAUUCGUGAUAAGCUCGCCGCUUUGAGACCGAUUAACAAGCCCGAGAGAAAUGGUAGCGCUAAAUCGACUCACUCGCAUCCUGGGAUUUCUGGCUUGGAAAUGAUAUGCUUUACCGACGGAGCCAAAUUUUGUACUCAGGCUCAAAGGCCGUGGGUACCCCUCGUCUUUCCAACGGGACCGUCGCUAUCCAAUCAUCUGGCUCACAUCGUCAACGCGACGAAGCAGACCGCAGCCCCAAGCCGGUCUGGCUCGCAUGGGUGUUUGGAUCUCGUGGAGGUGAUGAAAAGUGAUGCGAUGGGACUUAACUUGCCGGUCAUCUUGUGAAACACGCAUCCAAACACCACUAAAAGUUUUAGGAUUCCCAAGCGAACACAUGUAUUUUGACUGGACCGCUAUGUCCGACAAAAGUCCAACUUGAAAAGACAAAAACAACCUCAGUCCUAGACUUCGUAGUUGUGUUCCUCACAAUGGCGCAGGUCCUGUGAAAAUUGUUCUAAGACAUUUGGGACAGAUCAAAACCAUUAUUCUUAUUCGAGCUGCUUGUUAAAGUUAAGAAUUGUUUGAUUUCUCAUGUGUUCUUCUAACACUUCAAUAUAUAUAUAUCACAGUCCGGCGUAGUGGUUCCCUUGACAUCUUGCCCUCUUUGGCGUUCGACGUUGUGAAACACUCACUAACUUAAGUUAAAGAAUAAUACUACUUUGCUUCCCUUAAACCUUAGCUGGAGUAUAGGCCUGCUUUUCCUACCAGCGCCCCGUAGAACAAAGUGUUUUCUCCCCAAACUGACACGCUACACAGACUGGUCUUUGAUCUCAGGGGUGUCAGAGGGUGAACAGCAGGCAGCCCGGUAACAACAGGUGUCAGCCCAGCUCCCAAGAUCGUCAUCGCGGGCUUAAAGUGGGACACCGCAUGCCUGCAGGAUGCACUCACUCCUACACUUGGCAAAGCAGAGAGAGAUUUUAUACCAAAUGGUGCAAGGGGGGGGCGCUUAAAUGCCACCUGUUAAUGUGGUUCAACCUCUGAAAGAGGGGAAUGAUGCGAUCAGCAAAUCUGAGCGGACUCUUUGAGUGUGUGCCAUCCCACACGUUCACCAUUUUGAACUGGACGCCGGCGCUCGCUGAGAAAUCAGCCUCCUUGUAUAAAACUGCUUCAGGGAACCUUCACAAAUGCACACUCCACCACGUAGGCUAGGUGAUAGGGUGCAUGCACCAUCACAUUCUCCACCUCACUUUCUUUUUCAUUGAGACUUUUAAAAAUGUGUCAAAUCAGCAGUGGGCGAAAGAGUACUGACCUGUACGUGUGUGCUAGUUAGGGUGUUGUAUGAAUGCACUGCUUUUUCUCUGUUCCAGCCAUUGUAAAUAGACUUCAAAAGGAAGGGAUUUUUGCGUUGUAUCCCACCUGCUUUUAACUCCCUCUUAGCCUGAGCUAUUUUCUGAUUCAAUGGUUCCUCUCUCCUUUCAGUUGAACACUACUUCUGCUCUGUCUUUAGUGAAUUGCAGAGACUAUGUGAAUCUGUAUCAUAUGAAAAUAUGUGUAAAUGCUGCUGACUCAGUCAAAGACAAAUCUAAAAGAGAUGUUCCCCUGUAAAGGACACCUGUCCUCUUGAUUCUACCAGUCCGACUCUGUUCUCCCCGAGUAUCUCUUGUUUCAGAGUCCUAUAGCUCCUCUGGCAAAAAAUCGACUCAGUUGAUGUAAAUUCUACCACUUUGUUUUAAGGUGCAUUGUUGAAUUGUUCUUCAUGUUCUACGAAACAACCGUGGACAGGAGUUCUUGAACGCUCCUUGAUGUUUGGCUUUGCACAGAGCGGUUCAACGAGAGGAAAUAGCAGGGUAUGUUUUAAACCCAACACACAGGGUGUCUCUCGUUCAGCUCUAUAAACACACGCCGAGAAUGUAUAAAGGAAUGACUGUGUGCUCUGAAGUACUUUUUGUGCUGCUUUUACCUUAUCCGUUUUCUUGUUGUUUUGCAAGUACAUGUUUCUUCUUUUUUUUUCAUGUGUUCUCUUACUGCAUAUUAAGUAUAUUUCAGCCUAGCCCAAGAUAACUGCAGGGAAACCAGAGGCACCCUUGCUUCCAAGAACGAGAAAAAAACAAAACAAGGGUUUACAUGAUAAAGAGGAUGACUGGAGAACACUUUAAGACUUCAGAAAGUACAGGAAUACUUGGAAUGUUUCAGUUGUGUGGGAGUAGGUGAGAGGAUUUUUGUCAGUAUUUGAAAUAAACUUUUACAUUAAUAAGA